GUGUAUACCAGAAAAGAAAAGAAAGUUAAUUUUUACAGCAAAAAUGGUUGCUUAUUACGACGAAUGCGAUGGUAUUGAGCAGCCCAAAACGUUAACUUAUUGGGUGCGCAAUAUUCGCAUGAAACGCGUACAAAUGCGUCGCAAAUUGCGUGGCUCUGGUGGGCUGCGUGUGAACGCCAUUUUGUCGACAGCGCUGCUCCAGGCUGAGCAGGAGCUGCGAAGGAAGCAGCAGGAACGUUUCAGUCGCUGGCUCGACAUGCAAACGAAAUUUGUUCCACAUGGCAAAACGCAUUGUGCCAGCGAUUCCAAUGCCAACGCUGACGAAGAGGCAGAGUUCGAACGUCGCAGUAAUGAAAAUAACUUGUGGAGAAGCGAGCUCAGUGGCCUCGAUAGCUUUUUGAGCAGCUUGAGCAGCAGUAAUAACAACAACUACAGUACGAGCAGCAGUAACAACAACAAUAUCAUCAUCAGCAGCAGCGGCAACAACAACAACUAUAAUCAUCAAAGUCAAACACAGUGUGCCAUUGCUGUGCAUAGUUAGUGUGACAGAGACAAAUCUAUAAUCAUUCGUUCAGUCGAGAGAGCGCACGCGUUCUAGUAUUUUCUCAAUUUUCACAAAACAGAAAAAUUGUUUCCUAUUUUCUACACACAAUUUUUUCCGUUCAUUUGUUAAAUUAGUUUUUACGAAACGAAAUUUCUCAU